AUGCCUAUUUUCCGCCCCCCUUAUCUAAGUUUCUUCACCCAACAGUGCGUAAACCGAUCCUUGCGCUGGAGUCUGCCUGACUUGUUCCGCGUAUCCUACCUCGAAGCAAUGCUAGACUCUUCAGAAGCCAAUCAAGGAAGUGAAUAUGAUCGUGAAGCUGACAAAGCUGCCGCUCUCUCAGGUCCUGAUGGCAUGAUUUUGGUAGCCGGUGUUUACCUCCAUCUCUACGUCACCCACCCUGGUUGGUCUUUAAGACGACCUGAAGAAUUUCUGGAUGGCGUCUUAAACAAAUUUAUAGAGGUCAGCUGGACUCAUUUCACUCAUGUCAACACCGUAUAUUCUUUUUUUGGUAUCAUAACGGUUGUCUUGUCUUGA